AUUAACACUGCCAUUCAAAAUAACAUUAAAAGAUUCGGCAACCAACACUCUUUAAUGCUCUCUAACAUUUUGGAAAAAUCACCAAACAAAAUAAUAAUUGAUAAAGUAAUUACCUCUAAUGGUCUCUCAGAUCACCCAAAAAUUAUCAAAGAUACAAUCAGACAACACUUCACCAAUUGGACACGAAAGCAUAUUACCUCAUCUUGGCCAGACUCACAAUGGCAGGCAGAAUAUACUCCACUUUCUCAAGUACCUAAUGAUGCAUUUGCUUCAGUCUCCAAUCUGAUCACAAUGAAAGAAUUCACCGAUAUGAUACUAAAUACAAAUGCCUACAAAGCACCAG